AUAAGUAUGGCAUCGUCUGGCUGAAGAUCUUUGAUAUAAAACGUUUGCUAGUAGUAUUGUGUGCCUUAUUUACCUCAAAAGAUAGACAUUCAGUCGACAAUGUUGCUGACUUUGACAGUAAUAGUUUUGAGUCUUGUCACCCAUGUUUUUGGAACUGAUAAUGAUGCUUCCAGCAAAGCACGCAGUACCAGUGUGGGCUACUUUAUUUCAGUAUGGCAGAACAGGUUGUAUUUGUACUCUGCGGCUGCCAUCAUCUUUGGAAUAUGGUUUUCUCUGAAGAUGGCCUUGAAACAGAGAAGUAUUUCAGACCAAGUGCGGCCUUGGCUAUCCAAAGCAGUGAAAAAGAACAGCAACAACGUGGAGAAGGGGACUGUCAUUCAUAUCUCUGGGGUGAAGAUCUUUUUUGGAUCACAGACCGGAACAGCCAAGGGGUUUGCUAAGGAACUGGCAGAUGAGGUGAAAGCAUUGGGCUUGCCAGCUGAGGUGAUCAACCUGAAAGAUUACGAUCCAGAUGAUAGACUUGCUGAUGAGUGCACCAACAAGUUUGUCUGCGUGUUCCUAUUGGCCACCUACACUGAUGGACAGCCUACAGAGAAUGCAAAGUGGUUCUAUAAGUGGCUGGAGGAGGCAUCCACUGACUUCAGAUAUGGGAAAACAUAUCUGAAGGGCCUGAGAUAUUCAGUGUUUGGGCUUGGAAACUCUGUUUAUGUCAGCCAUUACAACACGGUCUGUAAAAAUGUGGACAAGUGGCUGUGGAUGCUGAGCAGCGUCCGUGUCCUCGCCAGAGGAGAGGGGGACUGCAACGUAGUGAAUAGUCGCCACGGCAGCAUCAAGGCUGACUUCCUGGUGUGGAAAGCAAAGUUCUUGGGGCGGCUCCAGGCCCUGUCCAAGGGAGAGAAGAAGAGCUGCUUGGGGAACUGUACCUGUAAGACCAAAAGGAAGAAGAAGAACCAGCAGCCGCCAAAGGAGGAGCAGGCUCCUCCAGGAGCGCCCACCUUGGAGGAGAAGUUACUGGACUCCAGUAGUGAUGAAUCAGCUGGACAGGAGAAGAGACCAGGCACGGUUAUAGAUGUGGAGGACUUAGGGGACAUCAUGAACAGCUUCAAGAAAGUCAAGAGCAAAGAGGAAGGUGAUGGGGAACCCUGGAUGGUGAAGCUGAAACAAGUGAGAAAGGGAGAGGAAGAGGAAAGGAGAGAGAUGAUCACCCCAGCCCUGAGGGAAGCGCUGACCAAGCAAGGAUACAAACUGAUUGGAACUCACUCAGGGGUAAAGCUGUGUCGUUGGACCAAGUCCAUGCUGAGGGGAAGAGGUGGCUGCUACAAACACACUUUCUAUGGCAUUGAGUCUCACAGGUGUAUGGAGACGACCCCUAGCCUGGCCUGUGCUAACAAGUGUGUCUUCUGCUGGAGACACCACACUAACCCAGUGGGAAUGGAGUGGCGCUGGAAAAUGGACCCUCCAGAGAAGAUCUUGCUGGAAGCCAUGGAAAACCAUCAGAAUAUGAUACGCCAGUUCAAAGGUGUGCCGGGGGUGCGGCCAGACCGCUACGAAGAGGGCCUGUCUGUGAAACACUGCGCACUCUCCCUGGUUGGCGAGCCAAUUAUGUACCCCGAAAUCAAUGCCUUCCUUUGUCUCCUUCACACCCACCACAUCUCCAGCUUUCUGGUCACCAAUGCACAGUUCCCAGAGGAAAUCAGGAAUCUGGUGCCAGUCACACAGCUGUAUGUCAGUGUGGAUGCCAGCACUAAGGAGAGUCUUAAGAAGAUCGACCGGCCGCUCUUCACGGACUUCUGGCCUCGCUUCCUAGACAGCCUUAAAGCCCUGGGUGACAAGAGACAGAGGACCGUGUACAGACUAACGCUGGUGAAGGCCUGGAACGUGGUGGAGCUGGAGGCCUACUCAGAGCUCAUUGCCUUGGGACAGCCAGACUUCAUCGAGGUCAAGGGGGUGACGUACUGCGGGGAGAGCUCGGCCAGUAGCCUGACCAUGGCUAACGUGCCCUGGCACGAGGAGGUGGUCCACUUUGUCCAGCAGCUGGCUGACAUGCUGCCACAGUACGAGAUCGCCUGCGAGCAUGAGCACUCCAACUGUCUGCUGAUAGCCCACAAGAAGUUCAAGGUAAAAGGGGAGUGGUGGACAUGGAUUGACUAUGACGGCUUCCAGGAGCUCGUGCAGGCCUACGAGAAGAGCGGCGGCCGGCAGGUCUUCUCAGCCCAGGACUACAUGUCCAAAACCCCUCACUGGGCCCUGUUUGGGGCCUGGGAUCAAGGCUUUGACCCGGCGGACACGCGCUUCCAAAGGAGGAACAAAACCAAAGACAUUUCUGGAUGUUGAUCUAGCAAGAGGGAACGAGAGUAGAUGGUGAUGGAGAGAUAGUAAGUGGGAGGGAGCAGUUCAGUUUCACAUUACCUUUGACUUUUAAUUGUCAUAAUCAGUUGUAAGGUGUCGAUAUCUUACCUGUCUUUAUUUUUUUGUUUUACAAUGAAAUAAAAAUGUUUCUUUUCUUUGGUGUUUUUCAACCAGAAACUGCAAGGUUCAAUCUCCAAACCAGCCUGUUCUUUUUUUGUCUUUUCAAAUUUUUUUACUGUUGUUUCCAUGCUUACAGUACUUCAAAUGUUUAUUCUUUUUAACGUCAUUAUGACGUUAACUUGAUUAAUUUUUUUGCUAACUAGCACUAGAUGAUUGCACUAUUUACGUUUGGUAGCUGGUGUGUAGCUGGUGUGUGUAUGUCGUCUGUCCCCCCCACGUUUGAGGAGGAGAGAGGGAGUCAUGAGGAUCCUGUUAAGGAGGAGGGCUGAAGUACUCAGUGUAUCACUAGACUUGCUCUCGGCUCCAAUCACCCCUCAUGUGCACAACUCAAGCUGGACUGCCACUACCAAGUGUCUACUGAAUUAUCUUUAUCUCAUCAAAAUGUUCUUUGAAAAUAUCCCCUGUUUUUCCUUGUCGUAUUUUUGUUUAACACUCGUUCUGUGUUCUAUUCAUGUUUCUGCAAUGCCUGGCAAAUAGGGUACGUAACGGCUGAUGUUUACUGUAUCACUGCAAUAAAUGUAUA